GAAGUGGUGACAAGAGCCUGAUGGAAUUUUGACAGUAUCAAUUAGGUACUGAUGUUCCCCUCCAUGCCUCCUGGAGUCCAGCACCUCGGAAACAGCAUGCAUGGAGGUGGACAGCUCCUCAUCCAGCAGAUCCGGAAUCAUAGGCUUGAGGAGGGAGACGGUGAGGAAGGUGAGAAGAUACUGAGCAGACCUCCUCACUCCACUUAAUCCAGUUGUCAGUGGUUGGUACAUUCAAGAGUAUGAAGGUCCAGGGUGCCAGAGGAGGCUGAUAGCCAACAAUACACUGCAAUUCCAGCUUCUUCUGUGAUCACUGUUUGUGUGAUUCUGGUGCUGCUUCUGAUUGGACUCUUCAUUUUCAUUUUACGAAAAAGACUCAGGCCUCAAGGGUCAAAUAGGGAAGUGGGCAUGUCAUCAGUCUCUGGUUAAGACCCAGCUGAAGACACAGCACAGUCACAGUAUCAGAUGGGGACAGAGACAGAGUGUAACUUUCAGGAGCUCUGAUAUCUGACAGAGUUGGUGUUGAUCUAAGAUCGUAAACUCAGAAUGAAGAUCCUCCUCAUCUUCACCCUCUUCCUGAUUUCAGUAGGUGGAGGAGAAUCAGAGACAGUGACAGGAUAUUCAGGAGGAGGAGUCCUCAUCAAGUGUAAAUAUGAGACACAAUACACAUCAAACCCAAAGUACCUCUGUAAGGGUCCAUGGUCAAACUGUGGUGACAGGAUCAAGACCGGAGUUAAAAAUGAGUGGAUAACCAGUGGAAGAUUCUCACUGUUUGACGACACCAGAGCUGCACAGUUCUGGGUGUUGAUGAGAGAGCUCACUGUAGAGGAUUCUGGAACGUACCAGUGUGCAGUGAAUAUUUCUCAGCUGUCUGACAUCUACACACCAGUGGAACUGAAUGUGAAGGAAGAUCAGUCCUAUGAGAAGAGCAUCAGUGUGUCUGGCCAUGUAGGACAAAGUGUGAACAUCAGCUGCAAAUACCCACAAUCACACAGGAGUGGCAUCAAGUUUCUUUGUAAGAGGAUGGGGUAUACUACAUGUACUUAUAAAACACCUGUUAACGAGAGCAGAAGAUGGAUAGAGGCAGGAAAACUCUCUCUGCAUGAUGACAGAGUAAAGCAGAUCUUAACUGUGAGCUUCAACAGUCUGACUGAGGGAGACUCUGGUGAAUACUGGUGUGGAGCUGAAUCAGACUGGACAUCUGACCAUGUAUACAAGGUUUAUAUCACCCAGAUCAACCUCAGAGUUACUGAAUAUGAACAACAAGCAACAAGAUCGUCCUCAACAAGAACGACUCCACAAGGCGUAAAAGCAACUACGUCUGCAAUAUCUAAAACCACAGGAACAUCCGCAAUGGAGACAAAAACAACAGAAUUUCCCGUUUUCUCUGUGGUCACCGGUGUGUCUGUGAUUCUGCUGCUGCUUCUGAUUGGACUCUUAUGCUUCAUAUAUGCUCAGCGAAAGAGAAGCAAGACUCAAGUGCGAAUGUUGUACCAAAACCAAUCCAUCGUUGGCUCCUCAAGCAACCAGGAGGUUCCCUAUGUUCUGUCAGUCCAUGAGGAGAUUAAAAACAUGUUUUCUUCAGAUGCUGAUGUUUCCACAGUCUACUCUACUGCUCAACUACCUACAAACCCCUCAGAACCUUCUGAGACGAUUUAUGAUAAUGACCAGUUAUGCAAAAACCCCUCCGAACCUUCUGAGACCGUUUAUGAUAAUGUCCAGUUACCCACAAACCCCUCCGAACCUUCUGAGACCAUUUAUGAUAAUGACCAAUUACCUACAAACCCCUCCCAACCUUCUGAGACUGUGUAUGAUAAUGUCCAGUUGCCCUUAAGCCCCAUCAGUUUUUCAAAUCCUGUAUAUUCUACUGCUCCAUUACCACCAAACUCUCCUGAUUAGGACAUCUACUCCACAGCUCAGUUGCCCACAAUUCUCUCUGAUUCCUCAGCAAGUGCCACUUAGCAUUCAGCUGUAAAAUCUGCUGAAGGUCCAGCAUACACAGCCGUGAAUCUCAGCAAGAAUGAGGACGCUUCUAAUGAAGCUUUUACUAGGGCAACCUUGACCAAAGAGAAGGACUCAUGGCUACAUUACUGUGAAACAUGCCAGCUGUUGUGGAAGGGUCAGCAUGUUAGACCCGUUUGUUUCCAUCAGUUCUCAUCCAUUUCUAUAAAAAUAAAUAAAUAAAUAAAAUCAGUUCAUUAAAUAAAAGACUUUUAGAUCAAUGUAAA